UAAUCUUGAAGAGGUUCAUGGUUCCCUGGGAUGUUGUAGAAAACUCAUUCGAUUAGAUUUGAGUGAUUGUGGAUGCCUGAAGAAGUUUCCAUGUGUUAACGUUGAAUCUCUUGAAUAUCUGACUCUACAAUACUGCUCUAGUUUAGAGAUAUUUCCAGAGCUACUAGGAAGAAGUAAGCUGGAGUUAGAGAUUUCGGUGAGAAGCACUAGGAUAAGGGAGCUACCAUCAUCUAUUCAAUACCAAACUCAUAUUACCAAGCUAGAUUUAAGUCAUUUGGAAGACCUUGUAGCUCUUCCAAGAAGCAUCAGUAUGUUGAAAAGCUUGGUGGAUCUAUAUUUGUGGGGUUGUGAACAACUUGAAAGCUUGCCAGAAGAGAUAGGAGAUCUAGAAAACUUGGAGAUGCUUGAUGCCCAACAAACCCUAAUUUCACGACCUCCGUCUUCCGUCAUGUGCUUGAACAAACUUAAAUCCUUGAAGUUUGGAAAUGAUAUUGAAGAAAUAGGGUAUUCAGAAGGCUUCAAAGAUGAACUGUACUUUGUGUUCCCACCGGUAACAGAAGGAUUGUGUUCAUUGGAAUAUCUGGAUCUCGGUAACUGUAAUUUAAUAGAUGGAGGACUUCCGGAAGAUAUUGGAUGCUUAUCCUCUUUGAAAAAGUUGCAUCUCAAUGGAAAUAAUUUUGUGUAUUUGCCUCGAAGCAUUGCCCAUCUUGGUGCUCUUCAAUCCUUGAACAUAACAAACUGCAAGAGACUUAAAGAGUUACCAGAUUUCACCAGGAUGCCAAAUUUGGAGUAUUUGUAUCUGGGAUCUUGUAGUAAUCUAGAAGAGGUUCAUGAUUCCCUGGGAUGUUGUAGAAAACUUAUUCGGUUAGACUUGAGUUAUUGUGAAAGCCUUAACAGGUUUCCAUGUGUUAACGUGGAAUCUCUUGAACAUCUGGAUAUACAAGAUUGUUCUAAUUUAGAGAAAUUUCCAGAAAUCCUUGGAAGAAUGAAGCCGGAGUUAGAGAUUCACAUGAGACCCUCUGGGAUAAGGGAAAUACCAUCAUCUAUUAUUCAGCACCAAGCUCAUCUUACAGAGCUGGAUUUUAGAUUCAUGAAUAACCUUGUAGCUCUUCCAAGUAGCAUUGGCAUGUUGAAAGGUUUGGUGGAGCUAGUUGUGUCGUACUGCUCAAAACUUGAAAGCUUGCCGGAAGAGAUAGGGGACUUAGAAAACUUGGAGGAGUGCGAUGCCAGCUAUACUCUAAUUUCACGACCUCCGUCUUCCUUCGUCCGCUUGAACAAGCUUAAAUUCUUGUAUUUUGAAAAACUAAAAUCAAAAGAUAGUGUGCUCUUUGUGUUCCCUCAAGUGACUGACGGGUUAUGCUCCUUAGAAUAUUUGAAUCUCACUGCAAUAUAAUAGAUGGA